GAAAGUGGGAGUUUAUCUCUCACAUGCUGCCUUGGGGAAUAGUAGUGGGAUGGUACUUCAGAGGGGAAAUGCAGCUUUCUCUUCUCCUAACCCCACUUUAAGACCAGCCAUGCUGGUCAGCAUCACUGUGGAGGUAGUGGGGCAACUUCUAACUGAGCUAGGAUGAGCUGAAAGGUGGUUUUGUUCCGCAGCAGUUUAAUUUAAAGGAGGACUUGACUGAAGCAGUCUACAAUGUAUGCUUGAAGUAAUUUAUGGAGAACGGGAAAAGACAGAAUAUCAAAGAACUGCAUUAAGAUUAAUUAUCCAGUUCACUGAAGAAUUAGGUAAUUUUAAAUGACAGAGAUCCUUCUGAUGAUGAAGAAAUGGAAAAAUCAACCAACACAAGUAAACCAGUACAGCCUGACUCAGACUCCGGGUCCAAACCUGCUACAGCAAAGAAAAGAAAACAGCCUGCAGAAUGUUUUCUAACUCGUCCUGAGGAAAAAGAAGAACACACUGUGAAGGUGAAAAGGAGAAGGAAGAAGAAAAUGUCUGAUAUUCUUGCAGAAUCAUCUCCAAAACCAGGUGUCCCUGAAGACCUACAAAAGCUACUUAAUCAACACUUUGAUACUAAACGUUCAGUGAUUGAACUAGAAGAGUUAAAACUGCCAGAUUCCUGUUUCCUGCCAUCCAAUGACCUCACCCACAGUUUUUCUUCAUACCUGAAGGAAAUCUGUCCCAAAUGGGCCAAACUUCGAAAAAACCACAAGGAGAAGUCGUCUGUGCUGAUGCUGAUUAUCUGCAGUUCUGCUCUCCGUUGUUUGGAGCUCAUUAAGUCAAUGACGGCAUUCAAAGGAGACUGCAAAGUUAUUAAAUUGUUUGCAAAGCACAUAAAGAUAAAAGAACAGUUGGACAUGCUGGAGAAUAGGGUCAUCCACCUGGGUGUAGGAACACCUGGAAGAAUAAAAGCGCUAGUAAAACAAGAUGGCCUUAGCUUGAACUCCUUGAAGUAUCUGAUUUUGGAUUGGAACUGGAGAGAUCAGAAAUUAAGGAGAAUGAUUGAUAUCCCUGAGAUAAGGAGAGAAGCAAUUGACCUUCUGGAAAUGGGAAUUAUAAAGCUGUGCAGAGAGGAUUCUGUGAAGCUGGGACUCUUUUAAUGGUGUAACUAACAUGGAUGCAAUUUACAGCUGUAUUUCACUUAUCAUUGUCUGUAGUAGGCAACUGUUCAGUGGCUGACUGGAUUCAGUUCUUCCGUUUCUGAGAUGCUUAGCAGAAAUGCAUAUUACAAUGUUUGUCAGCUUCUGGCCGUCUUAUAAUAAAGCAAAAUUUUGCAUGUAGA